AAUGCGUAAAUUUAGAGGAGUUACCACCUAUUAUAAUUUGUAGUCCUUACAACUAGUGGUCACUUUCCUUCACACUAACAAAAUGUUGUUCUUUUGUACGUAUGAAUAGUAACACGACAUUACAAUUACUUUCGUUUCAAAAUUGAUUUUGAUACUUUUGAAAGGUAGACACAAUCAUAAAAUAAUUUUGUGAAACAAUAAAAAACUCAGCAAAUCAGCUGAUUAAUAAAAAACAUAUGUUAUAAUUAUUAUUAAUUAGCAACGGUUAAUGACAAGCAAAUCAAAAAAAGAUGGGGAGUCCUGAGAGAGAAUUGUGCCCUCCACCUUCGGAAGAAGACGAACUUACUUUACCUAGAGCAAGUAUAAACAAGAUGAUUAAAGAAUUAGUACCUUCUGUACGCGUAGCGUUUGAAUCAAGAGAAUUGAUUCUUAAUUGCUGUACAGAAUUCAUUCAUCUUAUCAGUUCAGAAGCCAAUGAAGUUUGUAAUCAAAGUAACAAGAAAACGAUUAAUGCUGAACAUGUUCUUAUGGCUUUGGAUAGAUUAGGAUUUAGUGAUUAUACAGUUGAAGCCGAGGCGGUCCUUAAAGAUUGUAAAGCAGUGGCUGCAAAGCGAAGAAGACAAAGUACUAGAUUAGAAAAUCUUGGUAUCCCAGAAGAAGAGCUAUUUAGACAACAACAAGAAUUGUUUGCAAAGGCUAGAGAAGAACAAGCAAAGCAGGAACAGCAGCAGUGGUUAUUACUGCAGCAACAAGGUCUUGCCGGUGCUGAUGGAAUGCCUCAGUCCUACAUACCGCCACCAUCUGGUCUGAAACAGGAGUCACAAGAAGAUGAUGAUGAUGACUAUUCCUAAUAAACCAAUUGUGAUUAACCCAUUGUCAUAAAAAAUUAAUAUACUUUGAAGUAAAAA